GACAGGCUGGCAGAGCGGUAACUGGAUGGACAGCUGGGGAAGGAGACGGAGUCACAGCUAGAGCAGAAAACAGCGAGAAAACUCGACUAAAACUGUGAAAUCUAACUGUCUUUUGAGGGAGGAAUGACAGGAAAAGACGAGGCUGAGUGAAUUUGAGGAGAAAGAGCUAGAAUAUCCUCCAUCUUUUGUUUCUGGAAGCUUCUGCUUGUUACCCUCCUCUGUCUUUUCUGAUACUUCACUCACCGCCCCUUGGAGGUGAUGAACUUUGCUCUGAGCUUCAAGCCUCCAUCAGCAGGGAGUUCUGGGCCCGGCGCCGGCGGCGGAGCCACCAUGGAGAACCUGGAGAAGCAGCUGAUCUGCCCCGUCUGCCUGGAGAUGUUCUCCAAACCCGUGGUCAUCCUGCCCUGCCAGCACAACCUCUGCCGCAAGUGUGCCAACGACAUCUUCCAGUCAGCCAACCCUCUGUGGCAGUCCCGCAGCUCCUCCAGCAUCACAGCCAGCGGCGGGCGUUUCCGCUGCCCGUCCUGCCGUCACGAGGUGGUGCUGGACCGGCAUGGAGUCUACGGCCUGCAGAGGAACCUGCUGGUGGAGAACAUCAUCGACAUCUACAGACAGCAGGAGUCCUCCAGGCUUGUAAACAUAAAACCUGAGCAGCAGCAGCAGCAGCUCAUGUGCGAAGAACACGAAGAGGAGAAGAUCAACAUCUACUGUCUGUCAUGUCAGACGCCGACCUGCUCCAUGUGCAAAGUGUUUGGACAACACAAGGACUGUGAUGUGGCUCCGCUCAGCAGCGUCUACAUGAGACAGAAGACGGAGCUGACCGACGGCAUCGCGAACCUGGUCGCCAGUAACGACCACAUCCAGGCGGUCAUCUCUCAGAUGGAGGAGAUGUGUCGCACCGUGGAGGAGAACGGUCAGCGGCAGAGAGAGCAGCUGGCGAACCACUUCGACUGUCUGGUGGCCAUCUUGGAGGAGCGGAAGCAGGAGCUGGUGGGUCUGAUUUCCAGGCAACAGGACGACAAACUGAAACACGUUCGAUCCCUGAUUCGUCGACACAGCGAUCAGCUGGAGGCCGCGGUCACGCUGGUGGAGUCGGCCAUUCAGUCGAUGGAGGAGCCACACAUGCCUCUGUUCAUACAGAGCGCCAAACUCAUACUGGAGAACAUGGCAGCGACGGCGAGGGCCUCCAAUGUGAAGCGUCCAGAACUUGGUUACGAGAACAUGAGCCACUUUGUGAUCGACACCGACGACCUCGCUGACAUGUUGAGGAACAUCGACUUCUGUCCUGGUGUGGGAGACGACGGAGAAGAGGAUCCUGAGGAAGAGGAGUCAGACCUUGACUUUGGCAGCAGAUAUUAAAACCAAAACAGAGGUCCCUGCUGCAGUCCUGAGGAAACAGAGACGGAAAUAGGAGGUUUACCAUAAUCCUCCAGAAAGAAAAUCCACACACACACACAACGUUUUCAAGAGGGAACUCGACAACAGACAUGAAACAACAACAAAGAAACACGACGACAACAUGAAAAUAAAACCUGUGUGUGGUCAGAAAUCAGACGUUUCUAUACGUUACCCAGAUGCAGGAAGACUGGGCCACAUUUUCGCCUCCCACAUUGUUGCCUUUGGUUCAGUAUAAAAAAGCCAGUGUAUUGUGUGUAAAUAUAUCUCCCCAUGUAUAGCUCACAGGAAACAUAUAGUGGAUUUAACACUGCGCUCUGUGUUGUGGGAGGGAAAGGAAAAAGAUUUUGUUCAUGUGUGUCUUUUUCUUCAGGAUUUAAAGCCCUUAUAGAAGCUGUGUAAAGACGGGGUUUUGCAUUUUCUCAGUUUUCUAACUCAUUUAACUUGUUAUGUGAAUAAAAAGAAGAGGGUGGGGAUUAAAGUCGAUGAGAUUGAGAUGAAUGUUUCAGCUGUAACACGGCAAGUUAGCAGAACUGGGGUUUGAGUAAUAAAUGAUUUUGUGGAUAAA